CUGCUGGAUCUUAGUGCUAAAGUUGCGGCCGCCUACAUUCCGUUCCAGCGAAUAGAGGAACGAUACAACCGGAUACCAGAGCCAGUGCAACGGCGAAUCAUCUUCUGGUCGUUUCCGCGCAACGAGCGCGAUAUUUGUAUGUACUCGUCGUUAUCCACCGAUUCCGUCGAUUACCAAAAACUGCCGUUCUACAAAGGAUUAAAGUUAUACGAGUGUGGAUACGUUGAGAGUGUGCUUCAAGUCGGCUUCCAUUUGUCCGGCGUCAUCGCGCCCAAAUCUACGCUGCACGUAGGAGCCAGUAGUGGAUACGAUGGGCCCGAAAAACGCUACCGUAUUUCGAUAUCAUUCGAUCGAUGCAAAAUUACGGCUGUCACGUGCACUUGCGAUUCCCACGAUAUAUUCUGGUGUCAGCAUGUCGUGGCGCUGGCCAUAUACCGAAUACGAAACGCAGAAACUGUCAAACUCCGAGUGCCAAUUUCCGAAACGCUUCUGCAAAUGUCGCGAGAGCAAUUGCAGAAAAUGCUCCAGUACCUGAUUGCCGAGCACCAUACAGCUGUUUUGCCUUCAGCCCAACGUCUGGCGGACGAGCUCCGACAGAAUCACAGCGUCAUCAACCAGAUUUCAGGCGCUCCGGAUCCGACCGCAGGUGGAGCAGCCGACGAUGAGAACGCGUGGCACCUCGACGAGAGCCAAGUCUCCGAGCAAGUUCGGACCUAUCUCAAUCAAGGAGGGCAUUACCAUGCCUCCUCGAGACCUCUUGGAGCGCUCUUCGGAAAAGUGAAGGAAAUGCUCCGGGCUCGGGACGGUAACGGAGCUCGAAUGCUGCGUUUGAUCACCGAACAAUUCCUCGACGAUCCUCGCUUGGUGAUCUGGAGGGCUCAGGGUACGCCGAUGACGGACAAAUGCAGACAGCUCUGGGAUCAGCUGGGCGCCCUUUGGGUCUGCAUCGUCCUAAAUCCCCACUGUACGGCCCACGAGAAAGCCCAGUGGCGGGAGUAUCUGAUGAAAUGGUCGGACUCGUGUCUGUGUCCGUUGGAAGACGCCGACUUCCGACCCCCAUCCCAUCACAAUGUUGUGAAUCAUCCCAUGGAGGAGGUAUCGGAAGAAUCUUCAAGCUCUGAAGAAGACGAGGACGAGGUCGCCCGUUUCAACCCGGCCUACAGAGAACGCGAACGUCGACGGACAAGCGACAGGAAAUACUACCAGCCCCGUUCGAUAUUCCAUCGAGCCCUCGAAUCGUGGGGCCUUUCGUGGGAGGACCCCCAUCUGCGUUACAUAUUGGCGCACGACGGAGCCGAUGACGACUUUCUCCGACAAUAUAGAUAUCCUCUGCCGGGCAGUUCAUCAUCCGUCUCUCUACCUAUGUCGUACAAGCUGGAGAAAUUCAACACGCAAGGCUAUCCCCUCUGGCACGAGCACACACCGACUGCGUGUUCUCGAGUCGAGGCGCUACGCUCCCACGGCUACCGACAGGAAUCACUCCGAUUGGCCGUUGCGAUCGUACGGACGUGGAAGCGUCAACAGACCGAAUGGAAACGAUGGCAAAACUCCUCGCCGAGCCGUUCAUCGUCGAAGACCUCGUUGCCAAACAACGCCGAAGGCUGGAUCGGGCACUCGUUGAACCCUGUGGGCUCCCUGUUCGACACACUUGCCGAAGCGUCGCUGAUCUCCGAGAGCAAACACGGCCUCGAGUAUUUUUACGAGUCGUUGUACACAAUAGGGACGCCGUCUUCCCAGAAUAACUCGACUCGUGAGAAGCCCCGCUAUCAUCAUGUUCACGUGCCUGGUAGUAUGGAUCCGCAGGAAAGCUACCUCAGUCUCGCCGUCGAGGCUGCUCUGAUCGGUUUGGGCCAACAACGCUGCAUGCCGUUGGGAGUUUAUGCUCAGGAGAAGGCAGCCAAACAGGAGGAGAACAUGAUCACCAAACUCCAGGAUAUCGAAAGUGAUCUUGUGCUCAUCUCAGUGCUGAGGAGGCAGGCCAGCUUACUCCUAGAGUGCGGGCCCUUCUCCGGAUUGGGAUCGCACAUACAUCCUGAGAGUGUUCCUAUGCAUAAAUUCGCGCACUAUAUUUUCAAUGCGCUCCUCCAUCACGAUCCUGACCUCGCCUAUGCCGUUGGUCUCCGUGCAAUGAGACUGCCUAUCCUAGAGGAUCAGGUCGAACCUGACGAUCCAGGAAACAAUAGUGCGGGCCCCGGGGCCCCCAUGCACCUCCAUAAUAGGUACCCUCGCUGGAUCACGCUCCCGAAUAUCGAAGGACAACAAUGCGCACUCGCGUCGACGAUGCUGUCGGCGGCAAAGAAUGAUGUCAUGAGGCUACGAACGGUAUUGAAAGCGGCGCAGAGAAACAUUCACAGCUCUGUGCAGUUGUUCAAGCUCGCUCAAGACGCCUUCCGUGUCGCGGUCCCGCAACCACCGGAGGGACCCGUACCGAACACCCCGAUGGGCCAAACUCUCCCCACGAGACAUUUGGCGCUCCUGAACGUCUCCUUCGAACUCGGUCUGCAGGUAUUGCGCGUCACGUUGAACGUGACGAAUUGGCGACGACGCGACAUGGUCCGCUGGCUAGUCACAUGCGCCACUGAAAUCGGCCUGGAUGCGCUCAUUUCGAUUCUGGUGAAAUGGAAUCAACUGUUUGCGCCUCUGGAAGCGACGAAAGACGUGGCCUCGAUCGUCAUGAACCAUCAGACGAUCAUGCGACUCGGUCUGGAUCACCAACAACAAGAAGAACUGUCGUCGUGCGCUCGCACGCUGGCCCUGCAGUGCGCCUCGAAAGACCCACCGAGUUGCGCGCUGAGUGCUCUGCAGUUAUGCGAGAACGACAGGGCUUCGUUCGAGCAGGCCUACAACGUCGUUGUCGACGCCGCAGCAACGGGAUUCAUGGCCAGCCAACAGCUUUUCAGCGUGGCUCGCUACAUGGAGCAUCGUGGUUACGCGAACCGCGCCUACAAACUCGGUAUGCUAGGCAUGAAAGGAGUGCACAUCCAAUACAAUCAGGAUUCGCACCUCGAGAUCGGGAACAUUCAUUGGGCUUGCGCCCUGGCGCAUUCGCUCGGCCGGACCGAGCUGGCGAACUUGGUUCCGCUGCUGGUGAAAAACGUUCAAUGCGCAACGGUUCUGUCAGACAUUCUGAGACGUUGCUCGAUUGCCACGCCGUCCAUCGCUCACUUGGAUGCGGCCAAACGUCGCUGCGUGAAGCCUCUUUCGUUGGAUAGGCCUCCGUUAAGACCUCUACUCGAGGCUGCUAUCUCUGCGUACGUCAACACAACGCACUCGCGGCUAACGCACAUCUCGCCGCGUCAUUACGGCGACUUCAUCGAUUUCCUUUCGAAGGCCCGAGAAACGUUUAUGUUGGCGCAUGACGGACACUUGCAAUUCAAUCGACUCAUUGAGAACAUGAAACUCGCCUACAAAGGCAAAAAGAAACUCAUGUUCCUCGUCAAAGAGAGAUUCGGAUAA